GGGCGGGCCCCGCUCAGAAGAGAGCGAGCGAAACACGACACCCUGAGGACGGAGAGAGGCACGGGGGGAGGAGAGACUAGUACUGAAUGGUGUGAGAGUGAGUGGAGGACUUAAAAAAGUCUGUAAGAAAGAGAGGUUCCUCUCCAACGUUAAUUUCUGUCAGAGAAGUAACAAAGCUUUGCGGUGGAGAGAUGUCAAACAGCAACGAAGAUGCGGUUGAGACGGAGUAAACACUUACCGGACAGUUAGCGAAAUAACUUGUUAAAAGAGAGAGAAAGGCUUUUUCGGCUGGCUCGAGACUGGACGGUUGGCCGUUUUUCGCCGUAACUUGAGCAGAUUUUAACGUUGCUUGUUACGGCACGAGAAGCGAGGACAGACAGCGAGGUCUUGACCGCUCAGCUCGGUGGAAAGCAAGACCUUCGGUCGGUUUGGUCGGUUUGGUCGGUUGGCAGAGAGCCGGGGAAACGGACCGAGAGAGCGCGGCGCUCGAGAAGAUAGAGCCGCUGAAGCAGUAGCUACAAAAGUUUGCCGUGUAUCUUUACCUAGUUUUCCAGAUUGGGAACUAGAGGGGGAGGAAGAGGCCGAGAGACUGACUUUUCUUUCCACAAGCAACUUUGUGGAAUUCAUCCUGUUAUCCUGUUAAGCAAACUUUAGCCGCUUGCUGUCUAGCUAAAGUAGCUAACGUUAAAGCAGAAAGAAUGAAAACACCUGGAGAUUCUGGGUUUGCAUUCCCAGACUGGGCUUACAAGCCUGAGUCGAGCCCCGGGUCCAGGCAGAUUCAGCUGUGGCACUUCAUCCUGGAGCUGCUCAGGAAAGAAGAGUAUCAUGAUGUCAUCGCCUGGCAGGGGGACUACGGCGAGUUUGUCAUCAAGGACCCGGAUGAAGUGGCCCGGCUGUGGGGGGCUAGGAAGUGUAAACCCCAAAUGAACUACGAUAAGCUGAGCAGGGCACUGAGAUACUACUACAACAAGAGGAUCCUCCAUAAGACCAAAGGCAAGAGGUUCACCUAUAAAUUCAACUUCAAUAAACUGGUUUUGGUCAACUACCCCUUUAUCGACAUGGGCUCCACUGGAAGCAGUGUUCCACAGAGCGCCCCUCCUGUCCCCACCGGUGCAGGGACUCACUUUCGCUUCCCUCCUUCAACGCCCUCCGAAGUCCUCUCCCCGAAUGAGGACCUGCGCAGCCCCGGUGGCAUGUUCAGCUCUGUGGCCCGACGAAUGGCACGUGGCUCCGUCAGCGAUUGCAGUGACGGCACCUCAGUAAAUUCUGAGAUUGAGGAGGGCAACACGGGAGCGGGAGAGGAGAGGGGAGAGAGGGGUGUGAGUGGAGGAGGGCCUGGUGGUGGAGGAGGUUACCGAAGUAUCAUCCAUCCCCGUCUGUCUCAUGAAACCCUUUUCCGCAUAUAUGGAGGGCCAGGUAACCCCGCUGGGCACCCAGGCUCCCGUGGCCCCACAGGGCACCGGAUCCACCCAGAGCCCCUGUCGCCCUUCCCCGUGUCCCCUCUGCCAGGGCCGGGAGGAGCUGGUCUUCUAGCCCCUCCUCUGUCCCCAGCGCUCUCCAUGACCCCGACAUCUCACCUCCCCUACACUCCCUCACCCACCCUGUCACCAAUGUUAGGCUCCCACUUCUCCUUCAACCCAGAGGACAUGAAGCGCUACCUGCAGGCCCACACCCAGUCGGUGUACAACUACGGCCUCAGCCCCAGAGCUUUCCUCCAGUACCCCAACAUCGUCAUCCCUCAGCCCCACCGGCCCGCCGCAGACAAGGCUGGUCUGACCGGAGAGAGAGGCGAGAGAGCGGAAAGAGCAGCGACAGCAGGGGGAGGAGAGAGGGGAGGAGAGCGGCACCACCAUCCACCUCUGGCUCACUCCGCCCACCACCACCCACAUCCACCUCACUCUGCCCACCCUCACCCCCAUUCUCAUUCCAUGCAUCACCCACUCCACCUGGGUGAGGAGCCUCCACACAUGUCUCCCUUCAAGUUCAAGCUGCAGCCACCACCACUGGGCCGGAAGCAUAGGGAGAGUCAAAGCCAGAGUAAACCCAGGCAGAGCUCAAUGUCCUCAGGCUCAGGAUCUGGGUCCAUGUCAUCUACCUCUGGCCUGGGCUCCUCGCUGUCGUUCGGCAGUGACCUGAGCUCAGCCAGCGGGUCAGGCUUCAUCUCUGCCUCCUCCUCGACACAGUCUCUAAACAGUGCAGGACUUCCCAAGAUAAAGGUGGAGCCCAUCUCUGAUAUUGAGUCGGAGGAAGAGGUGGAGGUGACCGACAUUAGUGAUGAGGACCCAGAUGAGAGAGAUGAAGGGUUUGCGCUAUUCUCCCAUCGCCACUCCAGAGCCCCUGACCACCACCACCAUCACCAUCUUGCUAACGGCACAGCCGCGCCCCAGCAUCAACCCCAUCCUGAUGAGGACCUGGACGAGGACGUCUUCAAAGCCCCUGCUCCGCCUCCACCCGGCCUGAUGCCCUUCUUCACCUCGCAGCACACACACUCCAAUGUGCAUCGCGGGCUAGUCACCCUUAAGAGUGAACCCACCGAACCAGGGGACAAUAACACACCCCCACCCCAGACGAAGUGCAUCCCCCUCAAGCUGCGCUUCAAGAGGCGCUGGAGCGAAGACCAGCGCAUGGAGGCCUCACAAGAGGAGUCAGAUGACAAGAAAGUACGACCAGAGGAGGAGAGGGAAAGACAGAGGCAAAGUAAUGGACGUAUGGAGAUGGAGGAGGAUGGGACAGGAAGUGGAGAAGGAGACAGUCCUCCCCCGUUGUCGUACGAGGGCUCUUUAGCCACACCGUUGGCCACACAGCGGAGGGUGAGUGCUGAGCUGCACCGUGCCACUGCACAGCUGUCUCUGGAGAACAAAGACUGCUGAUGAGAGACACAGCCCUAACACUACUGCUCCAAUAGCACUGGAGGUGGUACAGGAGUAUGUAAAUGGUUCCUCUGUAAUCCCUCUCCCACACUGACAAACUAGAUUCCUGAAACCUCCAGUGAACUGAGAGCACAGUCCAACAUACACACAUAUAAAACCAACACCUCAGAGACAGCCUGACUCUUGUUCUGUCAGAUCCCCCACCAAUCCACUGUCUGGAUCAGGGCUCUUCUGGGACACAUCCUUUGGGAGGUGGGACUCACUCAGACCCAGGCACAGUGACUGACGGGGCUGAAAUCAGAGGGAGGCUCCCUCAUGAAACUUGGCUCCAAGUUCACCUCCCACCUGGCCAGUGAAGCUCCAGAUGCCCUGCCCCAGUAGCACAGCUCCUGCCUUCAGGCCCCAUCAGUAGGAUCAGCAGCCAGUCAGCACUUUCCUCAGGGGACACACACUCCCUUACAGCCCAGCAACACACCUAGGAUGACGAUGUGCACACUCUCCCCUAUGCUACUUUUCCUAUAAGCUGACGGGACUUUGAUAAGUGCCUGUAUCUAAAACCCACAGCCCUGGAGUGACAUGGAAGAGUGCAAAGAAGGGAGAUGACUGCUGAUGAGUAAUCAUUCUUAAACUCAUGAAACCCUUGUUAAGUUUGGCAGAUACUGAAAAUGGGGUUGGAAAGUAUGUCUUCAAGACUGAAGAGUGGGGCUGUUGGGUGUUGUCUGACUGACUCUUAAACCUGGCCCACUCCACUCAGGGAAGCCUAUUGCUGUAUGUUUAUUGGAAUCAUGCACACAAACGCACACAAGCAAAAAAAUUAAAUAAAAUAAAACCCAGCCAACAGUGAAGGCAACUCACAGUGGAAGCAUUGCUUAUGGAUGCUUAACCAUGUUCACUGCAACGCAAGACCAUACUCACAUUUACACAUACACAGACUUUGACUCUUUUCUCUCAGAGCUUUUGACUUUUGUAUAACCUUCUCUCUGUCUCUCUCCUGUCCUGCCCCUCUUUCUCUUGCCGACCACCUGUGGAAAGAUCAUGACUCCACUCACAGAAAUCAUUUUAACCCCAGGGAGAUGUGAGGAGAGGAAUAGAGAAGAAUGAAGAAGUAUUUCAGUGUAGACAAAGGACUGCUGAGGGGACCACGAGGGGAAAGCAACAGGGUGGAGGAAGGGGUUUGAGGGUUUCUAGUAACUGUUAACUAGCCUUCUCACCUCACCCUAACUUGGUUUGUAUACUGAAAAUAGUUUCCUUCAAGGCCCAGCAGCACAGCAUCCUAGUUCACCAGCUAAAGCUCCUCUAACAAUCAUAGCUAGUGUUAAACUAAACCAGCAAAGACACACACACAUGCACGGCACUGCCUCUAGCUAUUAAACAUGCUCCCCUCUCUCUGUCUGGACCUCCAGCUCUGUAGUGCCGUCAUCCUCAGGUUCCUGAGAGUGUGUGAGAGACUGCCAGGCCUGUUAACUAUAUGAGUGUGAGAGCCUGAGAGAGCAGGGAACAUCUUAGACCUCACACACUCACACGCACACACACACGCACACACACUGCCUCUCUAUGCCUUGUUUUUAUAGCAUGUACAACAGUGCAAACUGAGCUCUAAUAACACACAUACAGACUAUAUCUUUAUAUAUUCUAAAAGAAAUUAUUAAAGAAAAGUGAGAUUUUAAAAGAACCAUAGCAUUUUAAUGAUAUGAUUGAUUCAGGAUUUUUUGUAAGUGGAUUAUUUAGAGUGGUGAGACGUGGCAUGCCACUCACUAGAUAUAUGGUGUGGAGGGUGGGCGGGCGGGAAGAAAGAAGAGGGGUGGGGGUCUGGGUUUUUCUUGUACAUUUGCUUCAUAGACAAAUAAGCCAGAGAAAAACAGCACAGGCAAGUCUACCAGAACAAGACCAGCAAGAAGAAGAACAUAAACAGGACCGGCGCAGACUGCUAAUGAUUCAGAUGUGUGGUUCACUCUGCUGUUCACUUAAUUUGCAGUAGCUUGCUCUUUCAGCACGCAGCACUCUGCUCUAUGCUCUUUCCUGUCUGUACAGUCUAGCCCAGCUCAGUGGGGUUCACUCUGGCCUGAGCUGUUCUGGCCCCAGGCCACCCCUUAAGGCCUUGUGUGUGUGUGUGUGUGUGUGUGUGUGUGUGUGUGUGUGUGUGUGUGUGUGUGUGUGUGUGUGUGUGUGUGUGUGUGUGUGUGUGUGUGUGUGUGUGUGUGUGUGUGUGUGUGUGUGUGUGUGUGUGUGUGUGUGUGUGCGCGCGCGCGCGUGCGCACUCAGAGUUAGCUCAUGGGUUAUUAGUGAAGUAGUAAUCCUGUCUUUUCUCUUAGGGCAGUUAGCAUAAUGCUCCAAAGUUCACAGCAGCUCCGGAGUGGGGGGGGGGGGUUGGGGGUUAAGGGGUUAAUCAUUACUGUAAAAUAGCCUGGAAAAGUCGGACAUGUGAGGCCCUGCCCUGAAAGGACCUCUCCUCAAACUAUGCACAUUCACACACAUACACAAAUGAUUUGUGAUUAUGUUUUAAGAUCCUGGAGCUUUUCAUCUCUGCAGCCAGGUCAUCCAGGCGUCUAGUUGGUUAACUGAGCCGUGUUGACCAGCGGCCUGUCCCCAGCCUGGCCAGCAACAAGACGGAUCUAUAGCAGUGAGCUGUGAGAUAGAUGGCCUCCAGGCAGUCUGUGUAGCUGAGCUGAUUGAAUUUCCUCAUCAGACCCCUGUGGUCUGGACUGGAGCAUGUCACAACAUGCACACACACACACAGACACACUCACAUACUCACACCCUCACCCCCACCAAGUCCUGUGUCUGUAUUUGAACUAACAGCUGCCUUAUUACUAUUUGUCAUAUCUCAGCAACAGAUGAGGCAUCAGUCUUACCUGCUCUGCAUUCUUUCUCUCUCUUCUUUCUGUUUCAUUUUUCCUCGCUCUGUUUCAGCUGUUGUCUGACUUCCUGCUAACUGCGGCGUGAUCUGACUCGGUCAUGAUAUUGCAGGGUAAAAAGAUUGAUUGGACUCUGAUUGUAACACAGGCUCAGUCUCAUCCUGUUUCAGGCCUCUACAGUCAAAGAACAGUAGAUAAACAGCACAAAGAUUACAUUUCUCUAUCAAAAGAAUAAAGGUUUCUCAGUUUAUUUUUCUGAUGUCGAUAUUGCUGUUGAUUAUUGUUGUUGUUGUUGUUCUCAUUGGGUUAUUUACCUCUCCUCCUGGCAUUAUUAUUAUUCCAUGGCUGUUAGCUGUUGCUUUUUAUGUUGUGUACAUCACUUUGGAUGAUGUGAACCCCCCCCCCCGAACUCCAUUCCCUGUUUCAAACCUUCAAGCCCCCAAACCAGAGACCUUUUUCUCGUCUUUAGUUUUUACAAAUGUAAUAUAACUAAAAUGUGUAAUAUUAAUUUUGAUGCUGACAGAAAUAACAUCGGGGACUGAGAGGGAAGGGCAGCAGCAGAGGAUUUUAUUUAGGGGCAGAGGGGGAGUGAUUUUUAUCAGUUUUGUCAUGUAUUGUAAUUGUUAUUUUAUAAUGUUACUUUUUUCUCUCUUGCUCUUGUAUAUUUUUUCUUGUUUUUUGGGGGGUGGGGUGGGGUGGGUGGGUUUUAUCAUUUUAAAAGAAGAAAAAAGAUGUGUAUUGUUUGACUGUGUAAAGGUCUAUCUUCUCCCUCUUUCAGUCUCUUUUUUCACCUCAUCUCCCCCCGAGCAGUUACAUAACACUCAGAUGGAGAGAUGAGAGUUAAUACCAUGAUGUAACAUUGAAUUUCUCCACUUCUUUCUUGUUUUUUUUUUCCAAACUUGUAAUUAAGCUGUAAUCAGGGUUAAUUAAAACCGGUUAAAAACCCAA